GGCGCCAUGUCGGCGCUCUGCGGAGCUUCAGCGCCGUGACUCCCCGAGCCGAGCGGACUGUUGUGGAGCAGCGAGCUGCGGACAUGAGAAGGGGGACGAGGCGGGGAGACCACCGACUGCUCUGCGGCGGCUCUCUGUAGCGGAUGAAGACGAAGGAGAGUCGCCGUCUGCGAUUCGGCACCACUGAGGACGGAAACAUGAGUUCACUCCAGAAGAAGCAGAGGCCGGUGCCUCGACCUCGACCUCACCGCUGCCACGAGUGCGACAAGGCCUUCCGGAGCCCCGGGGAGCUGCGCAGCCACCAGAGGAUGCACACUGGCGAGCGGCCGUACGGCUGCGAGCGCUGCCAGAAGACCUUCCCGUCGCUCAAACACCUGAAGCAGCACCGGCUCAUCCACAGCGACGAGCGGCCGUACGGCUGCGACCAGUGCGACAAGGCCUUCGCUUCGUCCUCCAACCUGAAGGUCCACCGGAGGAUCCACACCGGGGAGAAGCUCUACAGCUGCCAGGACUGCGGCAGGAGCUUCAGCCAGCAGGGGAACUUCAAGCGCCACCGGAACAUGCACACCAAAGAGGAGACCUUCCCCUGCCGGCAGUGCGGCGCCGCGUUCAGCAGCCGGAGCUCCUACCUGGUCCACCAGAGGAUCCACACCGGCGAGAGGCCGUACGAGUGCCGCUACUGCGCCAAGGGCUUCAUCACCGUGUCGGACCGCACCGUGCACGAGCGCGUGCACACCGGGGAGAAGCCCUACAGCUGCGAGGAGUGCGGCAAGAGCUUCUCCCAGCUGGGCAGCUACAAGAGCCACAAGAACACCCACACCAAGGAGAACAUCUACUACUGCGACCAGUGCCAGAAGAUCUUCACCUCCAGCGGCUCCUACCUGCACCACAAGAGGACGCACUCGCAGGCCCGGCGCUACAGCUGCGAGGACUGCGGCAAGACCUACAAGAACCUGGCGUCCGUCAAGAAGCACAAGCUGACGCACGGCGGGGUGAAGGCCCACCGCUGUCCGCACUGCCACAAGUGCUUCUACACGCUGGGGGACCUGUCCAAACACCUGCGCGUCCACACCGGGGACAAGCCCUACAGCUGCCGCAAGUGCCGCAAGCAGUUCGCCUGGAAGGUCCAGGAGAGGAAGCACAAGUGUGUGUCGGAGGAGGCAUGAGGACGGAGGAGCGCCGGCCGAUCGAUCACCAAGCUUCACACUGCUGACUAAACACACUCCCACACAAACACACACACACACACAUUCAGUAUUAAACACGUGUCAGUAUUUGAUGAAGAAGCAACAGUUACACAAUGAAAAUAUUGUUUGAUUUUGCUUCUGAUUCCAGACUUGUUCGUAGUUGUGUGCUUUUCUUCUCACUGGUGCUCAGUUAGCAGUGAGCCCGGCGUGAGGCCGGCCUCAGAGCGCAUCGACUCCAUCAAACCAACAUCCCAGCAAACCCAGGCACCGUUUCCACGACGACGUUCUCAAGGCAGGUUCUCGAAAAUGCUCCGUCUGCAUGGAAAUAGGCAAAACACAACUUUUUGAAUUCGCUCCGUCUUUGUGGAAAUGUGGAAAAUGCAUCUGUUUGGAAAGGAUCGAUCUCCAUGGAAACCGGGAGAAAAAAGCUACUUUUUGACAACGCUCCGUCUCCGUGGAAACAAGGAGAAAGCAACAUUUGAAAACGCUGUCUCCAUGGAAAUGGGGCAAAACACAAAUUUUUGAAAACCCUCUGACUCCAUCUUCUUGGAAACGGGGAAAAUUCAAGUUCUCUGAAACUCUGGUCCUGGUCCUACUCCUGGUCCUGAUCCUUCUCCUUGUCCUGGUCCUGCGUUCCAGUCGCAGUGAACAGUAUUCUGCACAUGCUCAGCAGAUGGAUAGUCAGAACGAUGUUUUCCUCCAGAGUGACCAGAUACAGGAUCACAUCAGGAAGUGUCCAGCGGACUGAUGGAGGAUCAGCUGUUCCUCUGAGCAACAUGUGGCUUUUCCUCCUUUAUCUAUAAUCUCUUUAAUGAUCUGUUGAUCUUUGAUCUGUUGCCUUUUCUUGGUGAAGUUCUUGUUGCUUCGGUUCGAUGUUC